AUGCCAUUAGUAAAAUUGAUUCCAAAACCAACAGAUUCAUUUUUAAAACGAAUAUUUAUUGAAAAUACGUUUGAGUACGAUCUAACUAAAUCGGUUGUUGGCUUCCUGAUUGGACUUUGUGGCAUUAGUUUAAUGAGACACAUGGCUAUUUUCGUGUUCCGAGCAAAAAUAACGGCUGUAGCCAUAUGGAUUAUAGCUGCUGGUUUAAUAUUACCAUGGGGCUUAGCAUUUAGUAUGGUGAUUCGAUGUUUAACAUUGCUGAUUUUACCAACUUUCAUUUCAAAUCGUGGUCAACUGAUAAUGUAUGCUCUUAUAUCUAAUCAUUUAGUUCGUUAUGUAAUAACAAAUAUUUUAAUUAAUUAUGAUGCUGCCGGUUUAUCUAUUGCAUGUCUAAGAAAUUUAGUAUUGACACAUGCUGGUGCUAUUGAACAAUUGAGUAUGACACCGCUCGUAUUUCAUGAAGCAUUGAUCAAAGCUCAGAUAUGUGCAUGGUUAACAGUUAUCGUAAAAACUGGAUGUGGAUUAAAGCUUGGCAUUAAAUGGCUAAUAAGUAUAACUCUUCCAGCCGUUCGAAAACGUUUACAUUCACUAAUAAAUCAAUUAGUGUUUGAAAUAACUGUUCAUCAUCAUUUUGAUAUGCGUUUGGAAAUGUCUGAUGAUCCAAGAUAUCUAUUAUAUUUGAUACAAAAAGAGUUACUUAAACGUCUCGAUUUCUUUUUAUAUAUAAUAAAAACAAUCGAUUUUGGAAUAUUUAUUUCAAUCAUGUUUUUAUUUGUCAGUGUUAUACUCUAUUGGGUUCGUUGGAGAAAAAGUGAUUUGUAUGAUAAUCAUUAUGUUGAAUGUUUAUUUCACUCAAUCGAUCAACAACGAAAAAAACAACGAAAACAAAGUAUUUUACCGCUAACAUGGAAAGAAAGUUGGAAAUAUACUAAUGUUUUUUCUCCAAUAAUUAAUGGUCAAAGUUUUAAAGAAUUACUGAAUGGUCUCUACUAUUGGGCGGUGUUGAUGCUAGUUUCCACUGGAUUCAUUGGACUUGACCAUGGAUCGUGGUUUGUUUUAUCAGCGUUUCGAAAAAAUAUGAAUGUUACCAUUCGACCCUAUGAAGCUGUUCAAAAAUUUGAAUUGUGGGUGAAUGGUACUGGUAUUGUAACAAAAUUAAUGCAAGAAAUUGUUAGUGCAACGCAAAUAGAUGAAUUUCGAAAUGUUGAAAUAAGAUUAUACGAAUGUGCUCCAAUUGUAGUAGAACCAGAUCAUACUCAAACGAUUGUUAUUGUUAGUUCAUAUUGGUUUGCAUUAACACAAAUCGAAUCAAAUUUUUCUUUAAACAUAUUAAUAGGUGCAUUAAAGGAAAUAUGUCGUCGUAUUCGAGAUGGUAUCUCAUUCAGUUAUAAAGAUGAAGAAUCAUAUCCCUUAAUCUCAUAUCUUGUACACAGGUACUUAUUUAUAUUGAAUAUUGCAGCUUUGUGUGGUCUAUCUUAUGGAAAAUUCAAUAAACAAUGUCGAGGUUGUGGUUAUCAAUAUUCUGUUCAUCGUCGUAAUCUAUUCAGAGCAUGCGAUACACCUGGUUGUAAAGGUUAUUAUUGUUCUGAUUGUUGGACAACAUUAAACCAAAUAUGUAUUUUAUGUUCGCUUGCAGAAGGUCCGUCUGAUUUCGACGAAGAAUUUGAAGAGGAUGUUUUUAAUUUUGAUGACGAGGACAAUAACGAGAAUGACGAAGAUGACGAAUAUGUAAAAGAAUCGAUAUCGAGUAUAGAGACGCAAUCAUUAAAAUCAAAUUAUUCCGGUACAAAAAUGAAUAGGAGAAGUGCCAAUAAAGUUAAGAAUUAG